AUGAAAAAUCAGAGUACCUAUAUGAAAAGACUGAAUGACAGAACAGCAAUAAUAAAUAGCUUACAAGCGCAAAACGAAGCAAUUUUGGGUAGUGAAUCAUCUACUGACGAGAUAGAUUUAUUUUUUAGGAGCAUUGCGAUUUCAGUAAAGAAGCUACCUCCCAGAGGCAAAACUGAAGCUAAACUUAGUAUAUUAUCUUUAGUUGCACAGCUCGAAGAUAAAUACUUAGGUGACGCUGGAGCGCAAUCCACUCAACCAAUGUUUCAAACACCCACGCAAAUGAUGUUUCAAACACCUGUAGGUCUACAACAGAUUUUAACAAUAUUAUAUCACUUCCAAGCAACACCAUCGCCUUGCCUCAGUUCCUCGGCGGCUACUUCUCAAGGAUUUGAGCCAUGUAUGUACAAUCAAUAA